CCCUCCUGGCUGCGCGGCGACGGGUGCCGCCGAGGGACGCUCCCCGCCGUCCGCUGCUGCUGCGGCAUGGCCGGAGACGGGGGUGGUGCGGGCGGGCGCAGAAGGCGGCGAGGGCGACGCGGGGCAGCCGAGGACGAGAGCCCCGAGGCAGCGGCAGAGCGGCAGAGGCGGCGGCUGCAGGAGGCGCUCUCCGAACUGAAGGACUCCGACUUCUGGGACUCCAGCCGAAGAACCAUCUGGAAGGCCCUGCGGAGCCCCCCGGCAGCCGAGCAGGAGGGUCCCGGGGGCAGAGCGGGGGGCCUGCGGUGCGUGUGCUACGGCUUGGGCAGCUUCUGCUCCUGCGGGAAGGCGCGCCUGCAGCUGGCCUUCCUCUUGCUGCUGCUGGAGGAGCUCAAGAUUCCCCCCGAGAUGUGCUUCGUCUUUGACCCGGUCUUUUCCACGCUGGAGAUUGAGGUGCUGAGCGGCCUCGGCCUCACCAUGCUGCCCUGGAACGAGGAGGGGAAGCGGAGCAUCGAGGGCCCCACGCUCUUCUACAUGAUCCACUGUGGGAAGGCGCUGUACAACAACCUGCUGUGGAGCAACUGGUCUGCGGAGGCCCUCUCCCAGAUGGUGGUCGUAGGGAACAGCUUCAGGGGCUUUGAGGAGAGGCUGCUGGCCAAAGUCUUCCGUGAGAAUUACAGCUACAUUGCCAAGGUGUUGGAGGCGACCCAAGAGGAACCCCUUCUGCCCCACACGCAGCACCCUGAUGUCUUCAACGACACCUCUGUCCACCGCUUUCCUCUGCAGAAACUGAGGGGCCUCCCCCAGGAUUGCUGGGCCUGCCAGCCGGAGCCCCUUUACCCGGAAGAGGCUCAGCUGGAGAUCAUCAGAAACAAACCCCAAUAAUAUUUCCCUCCCUCAUGCACAGGAAUUUGGGGGGGGGGGGGGCGGCGGCAAGAAUGUGGGGGGCCCAAACCCCCCCCCCCCAGGCGGGGGGUGGGCCCCACCCCUGGCGGGGGGCGGGAUGGGGGGGGGGGGAGGGCGCAGGAGGUGGAAAACAAUGUCGGGCCUUG